CAAACCCGCCUGCGGACAAACAGACACGUUUCCUGACCACAGAAAAGUCUUUUUGCUGAAAGAUUUUCAUCAAGUGGACCCAGGAGCUCGUCUUCAGGAGGUUCUUCUGUGUUGGCCCGGCUCGCUCUGACUUUCUGUACCUCCCACAUAAUGAGCGCUGGUCCGCCCACCCCCCUCCCCAGGCGCUGAGGUCACAGGGGGGCCGGACUCUGCAGUCAGACCUGGAGCUGCUGAGGAAGGAGCAGCAGGAUCUGGAAUCAGCAUGAAGAGCCUGUGAGACGCAGACAUGGACAAACAGAAAGUGCUGGCCAAGCUGAUCUGGGACCUGCAGUCCUUCCUGUCCGUUCUGGACUCGGAGAACUUGAGUUACAUUGCUCAGGCUCAGAAGAAGUCCGUCUCAGAGCUGCUGUCCAAACUGCAGAGCCAAGACUCUCCAGUGGAAGAUGCUGAGUACAUGAUCAUGAGCUGUCCAUCAUCGUCUCCUAGCAACGAUCCUCUGGACACACCUGCCACAGGUGUCUCCUCGUCGGAGCUGCUCCCUCUUCAGGACUCCUCCCUCUGGAAAAGGAACGGGAACCCCACUGUGCCCCCCCUCCCUUCAGGAGGUUUGGGAGGAGACCAGGAAGACACGUACGAGGAGGCGGAGCCUUACAUGGCUGCAAGCCCCACCAUGCACAACAAUGAGAAGGCGGAGUCAGACAGCAGCCACUACGAGUCCUACGGGGAAGAGGAGGAGGAUGAAGAUGCUGAUGUCAAGGACAGGGCUCAUUACAUCCAAUGGAGCAGCUCGCAGCCGUGCCUAAGACCCGCCCCCGAGUCUCGCCUGUGUGGUUACCUGUGGAGGAGGAAGUGGCUCGGCCAGUGGUCCAAACAGCUCUUCAUCGUCAGAAACGAUGUGCUGCUGUGCUAUAAAUGUGCUCGGGAUCUUCUGCCUCAGCUGGAAUUGAACCUGCGUGGCUGUCAGGUCUUCUACAAGUCAAAGACCCACUCUAAGAUCCAGCACCAGCUCAAAGUGGCGCCGGUGGGUUUUGAUUCUCUGGUGUUGGGCUACAGCAGCUUCCAGCAGGCUGAAGAGUGGAGGACGGUGAUCGUGGACGUCAGCCUCAGAAGUGAGGAGAAGACUCAGAGCUUCUCGUCUCUGAUGGAGUCAGAGCUGCUGCCGUCCUCCAGGUCCGGCUCAGUUCAGGAAGAUUCUGAGGACCAGAGGGAUCCUGAAUGUCCCACGAGGAUGGAUGAAGGGUUCCUGAACGUCCUGAUGAACUGUCAGUGGCAGAACCUUCGGUGUCAGGUGGAGGGCGGCUUCCUCUACAUGUUUGGAGAGGAGGAGCAGAAAGAGGAGGAGAGGGGCAAAAGCGAGCGUUGCCCUCAGUACACCGUUCAACUCAGAGGUUGCGAGGUCAGAGCCGGGCCAGACCACGCCUUCAGGGUCACACUGAGCAUGCUCGGGGACCAGGUUGCUGUGUUGGAGGUGAGCUCUGCAGAGGAAAAGCAGCGAUGGCUCAAGCUGCUGCAGGAUGCCAGUUACCAUGACAACACCAUUCAGGAGCACACUGGAGAUGCUCUCAGCAGACUGCAAACCCGCAAGUUUCCCACCUCCAACCCUUACAUGGACGACCCCUUCGCUGUGAGUGGAACAUGCCAGGACCAGCCUCUGUACUCCAACACCUCCAUGCUUGAGCACAUGCUCCAUGGCUCUCAGGACUCAAACCAGCGGGCGUCAGUGCUGUCCAGAGACCCAGUGACGUACAGCAACACUGUCUUCAGGAGCCACAACAGCAGAGGCGCUGAGGUGCAGCGGAGCGUCCAGAAGCUGGAGCUGGCCGGGAAGGCGGCGGUGCAGCUCCGGGCGGGUUCAGAGACAAACCUGCCGUCCGUCGGGAAACAAAGCAAGCGCGCCUCCUUCAGACAGUCGCUGGCUCUCUACACCGAGCGCGCUCAGGCGAGCAUCCUGAACCCUCUGCUGCGGCGGACGGCGUCAGCUAAAAACUCUUUACGACGAGCUCCUUCAGCGCUUUUCCUGGAACAUGGGAAGGUUUUCCAGAGAAAGAAGGAAUGGGAGACCAAAGCUGCAGCUUGACGGAUGUUCUGACCGCAUUGGGCGCUGUGGUUCUCAUCAGUUUGUCUUCAUGUCUGCAGACGAUGAGGAGCAGAGCUGCUUCUGAUCAUUUUUAACUCAAACCCCUUUCAGGUUUUGACGUUUCUGUGGAUGAAAUGUGUGUUUGAACCAAAGUGCUAGCUAUUAUUUUAGUGCAGAAACAAUAUUGUGUACCUAAAUCUUCACUUUCGUCAUUUUUAUACUUAGAAGAAUGUAAAGGUCUCUGCCCUGCAAAAGCUUUUACUUUGAAGGAAACAGUGGAGUCAAAGUUAAAGGAAACCGUUUUUUAUUUUCCUGAAGAAGAGAUGUUCUGAUCAAUGUUGUGUCUCCAGUGUCCAUCGUCACAAUGAAGGUUCUCGCUGUUCCACAGCAUUAAACUGCUGUCAGAACCCUGGACUGGUGACUGAUGUCUGAUGACAGACAUCGCUUUCCAACAUCAUUCAUUCAUCAUUCGGAUGCAUUUCAUUUUCUGCACACAUUAGAGAAACUUAAAGCUGAGUUUCAAUAAGAUCACAGCUGUUUAUUUUAGUGGUAGCUGUUUGUUCCUAAGAAACGAAGAUUUUUUAAAAAUCUGAUAUUUCCUCCACUGCAGACCUGCGAUCGUCACGAACGUUUUAACAUUGAUAUAAAGUUAAUAAAGUUCAUAUCUAACCCUU